GCUGCGAUGAAGAGGAGCAGCCUCACGAGGAUGGAGCAGCUCUGAUCAACCAGCGCGUGGAACAACAGCAACUAUCGAUAAUAACAUCGCGGAGGAGCUGCGCAAAGUUUGUCAGCGGGAAGGAAGAUUCACCAAUAACAAGGGCAUCGGCCUCGCUCCCCAGCUGCCAGCAUGAUGAAGGACUGCCUGCAGUUCCUUAUCGAGCCGGCCAAGAAGCUCAAGAUCCGACUGAAGGAGUCCCGUAAGCGGGUCAAACUUGAGAAGAAGGAGCUGCCGGUGGAAAGUCAGUUGUUUAUCAUGGAAUUGGCUCGGGAGCUCAAUAAAAUUUGCCAGAGGUCAAACAUCCUCAGCCACAUCUGGACCGGUGAGGACAUCUGGCAGCCGAGUGUGUGUCGCGAUUUUAUCGUGGAGUGGGCCGCUGUUUUAGAAAAGAGAGUGCAGCCGAGGGUCAUACUGUCGGACUACCAGUGUGAAAAGCCAGAGAAGAAAAACUGGAAGGGUCACCUCCUCUGCAUGCUGGAGGCCGGAGGGGAGUGCGACAUGGGGCCCCACAAAAGAGUCAUCAUGGACUGGACCCGGGGGAUUAAAAGCAGGCCUCAGCCCACCGUCUGGCCAGGCGAGCCGGUGCUCAUGAUGCUCGACGACCUGGAGUUCCAGUGGAAGAGGGGUCGUCUCCCCAACCUGCUCCCCGCCAUGGAGCUGGUCAUGCUGUCUGUGCUGAACGCUGACAGCCCUGUGAAGGAGGAUGUGACUAAGCAGUGGCUGGUGAGAAAGCAGAGGAGCCAGAGUACUGACGCCGUCCGCUACAUCCCCCACAGCGUGUGGAAUUGGAUUUGCGAUGCAGCAGAGGACGUCACUCUGGACUCGGACUCCGCCAACCCGGACCUCAUUAUCUCCAGUGAUGAGAAACGUAUGCGCUGCGGCCUGGAGCGCCGCGACGCCCCGCGGUGCCGGCGGCGCUUCAACGGCUGGUGGUGCGCCACGGGCCAGGAGGGCUACACCUCCGGGCGCCACUACUGGGAGGUGGACGUGGGCGAGCGGGACUGGCGGCUGGGGGUCGCCAAGGCGUCCGCCGUGAGGCAGGGCUUCCGCUCGCUCAACACGGCCACGGGCUACCUGACCCUGCGGCUGGAGCGGGGCUCGGACCUGAAAGCCCUGACGGUGCCCGCCACCUCGCUGCCGCAGAGCUCGCUGCCCAGGAGAGUCGGUGUGUACCUGGACUAUGAGCAGGGCCAGCUGUCCUUCUAUGACGCGGAGAAGCGCUCGCACCUGUACACCUUCAACGAGAAGUUCGCCGAGGAACUGUACCCGGUUUUCGGGACCGUGGAGGUGGUGAACGACCUGGUGGUCAGGCCUGCCGAUGUCAGACAGCCGUGUCUCUGCCCCGGGCCCUGCCUCUGGAACUGAAUCACACAUCCCCCACUUCUCCGUCCCGAUCCUCAGCAGCCCACCGAGUCCGUGCUUUCAGUCAUUUAGUCCAUUUGAAUCUCGUGCGCUGGUUCUAGACCCGAAACGUGUCUCUGCGGGCUGCUGUGUGAGACCAGGACCAAGGACCGUUAUUCUGCACUUUCUGUUCCUCUGCCUUCAUGGAGACAUUAGCCGUUUUCAGACAUGAACUCUGGAGUUUGUCUUUCACACAUGAAGAAAUCAGCAGGAGAUUCUCUGCUGAGACUCAUUCACCACCACACAGAGCGUUCAGAUGGGGCGGGGGGUGCAGCAAAAAGAGGUGGGACGUCACAGCACAUCAACACCGGGGUCGGCCCAUUCUACAUGUGACACUGCUUUUUUUAGACUGAGAUUUAUGUAUAUAUAUUUUGUUUUGGUUUUUGUUAUUUCAUAUUUGCAUCUUCCAACACACCAACUCUCUCGUGUUGAAUCCUUCUCCUCCAGGAUCUCCUGGUCCUCUCCUCCACAUGGGCACAUCCUUCCAUUCUCCAGAGUUUUUAACCAGGGUGGGGGAUGCUCCAGAAAUUCUGGAGCAUCUCACUCUGACAUUUAAACAAAUUCUCCAGAGUUCAGUGCAUGUUUGAGAGCAGCUACACAGUAUUUGACUCUUUGUAAUGUAAAGACUAUUUUCAAUGCUGUAAAAAAAUUAAUUCACAGCUGAUGCCAACACGUGCAGGAACAGAAAACGUGCAGGAACAUCCAGGGGAGACGCAUGUUGAGAGAUAAUUCUCACUUCUUGGUUUUUAAGCUUCCUAUUUGUCAGGCAUGAGCUUGUUUUUGCAGCUGUGCUUUUGUUUAAGCGUUAAAUAUGUAAAGAUGUUUCUCUCCCUCUCAUAAAUAUCUGAAUAAAUGAACUGUAAAUGCGC